AAAAUUAUAACUAUAAGGACUAAGGAUAUCUGUGUGCAGAUUCAAAGAGAAUUUAGAAUCACCUCGCCAGGAAAUAUGUCACAGUUUGAUCGUACAUUUUGGAACAGUUUGACUUUUACCACUGUAAUAUGUCAGGAUAAUGAAGAUGCUCUAACGCCUUAAAGAAUCAAGAUGGAUUGUGUGGGAUACAAUUUGGCGUUGUACGAGGAGACGUCUUGAUUUUCUUCUAUUCUGCUGACUUCCUAUGAUCAGAUUAAUGCAUUGCUUCGUUUAUUGUGUACAUACAUACACUAUAAUUCGUAUAUGAGAUAGAUACGUAGAGAUAGACCGAUAAGUGUAUUUUCGUUGUUUAUAGCGAUUGAUUCAUGUGAUUUCUGUGAUUUCAAAAAGCAGCCAUGAUCGUCGCAGCUAUUUAAUUAAUACAAGCUAUAAUUGUUCUACCGAGUGAAAAGGUUAUAAAGCAUUCUUUUUAUAACAUGUGUUUGUUAUGAUGCAGUGAAAUGUGCUUUUCUUAUGACCUUUAAUAAAAGUAUUCUUUUUUACAGCUUGUAUAAUGCCUCUAUAUGUGUCUGUCUGUUCAUGUAUGUUUGUCAUAUCAGACCCAAUAAGAAGGGAUCCACAUCAGCGUUCAUCUCGAAGCCAGAAUGGGAUGCAGCGUCUCUGUUGUACCACAGGAGGAGGCAAAGGAUCUCGAACCAGAAAUUGAGGCACUGGAGGUUCCAUGGAUUGAGCCAAACUAUCCUCCGCCUAACCCACCCAAAACAAGAUCAUCGGAGGUGUUUGCCAUAGAAGACUUCGCUGAUAUCGAUGAACGCGCAACACAUUGUCCAGCAGCUAAGACGGAGUCGUAUGACGCAUUGCUCACCUACCUGACCCGCGGCUUGAUAACUGAUAUGGAGAAAGUACGUUCCAUCUUUACAUGGCUAGGGUCUCAAAAUAUAGCAGAAGGGCAUUUCAAAUCACAAGAUGUGAACACCCCAGCUGGCUAUAUGAAACUGAUGAAAGAGAAGAGAGGAAGCUAUUCCACCUUCCUAGCUCUCCUGCUCAGGAAAGUCAACAUACCCUGUGUAAUUGUGUACGGCAUCUCGAAGAGCUUCGACUAUGAUGUCGGCGACCGUGAUAUCUAUCACUUGAGAAACUGUUGGAACACUGUCUAUGUAGACGGGCACUGGCGCCUCAUCCACCCUCUGUGGUCCUUCAGAAAAGUGACCGGUUUCAACAAGGGGCGAUGGCAAACCAUCCGGAAAGAUAUAGCCAGCAGUAAGAAGAACGACGAAGAGAAAGAGGAAGAAGGAACAAACAUCUUUUCCCAGGACGAGUUCUUCUUCCUCGUUGAACCAAGCGUCUUCAUACACAUGUGUCGACCAGCUGCAGAUAUGGCUGCAUGGCAGUUGUUGAAACAGCCGUGGUCUUUUGAGGAAUUUAUUCAUGCACCUGUGCUCAGACAAAAAUUCUUCCAGUACAAUUUAGCCUUGACCAGCAAACCCUCGUGCAUUCUCCAGGCAGACGAGCAUGGAAUAGUGCAGAUUACUUUCGAAGAUUUGGAGGAACCGGAGAUGUCGUUCGUUCAUCAACUCUACUUCGAUGACCGUGCAUCAUUUAAUAAACUGCCUGCAAAUGUCAAGCUUGAGCGAUAUGCUUAUGUGAGUAGAAAACAGUCAAAAGUUACCGUCAAAGCUCGACUGCCAGUCGGAGGUAUCUACAAACUAAGGAUAUAUGGUGGUGUCGGUGACUUGUAUCAUCUUUGUGACUUUCGGUUGGAAUCUGAAACGCCAAAUCAGCCAUCAAAACCAUUUCCGUUUUCAAAGCGCCUUAUGUAUGGGUUCACAAAAACAUCGCGGGUUCGUGGUUUGGAUUAUCCAUCGGAGUUUGGAGGCGUGAUUAGGCUUCAGGCAGGCCAAGGCAAAAUCUUUACGUUUGCAUACUUGGAAGAGCUGGACAUUCAGGCAAUAUUUGAGCACCACAUGCUUACGAGAGAUGACCUGAAGAAGUGCAUUGCUGUAAAGAGGAAAGAAGGGUACUUCAACAUUUACGUAAAUGUUCCAGCCAGUGAAGAGAUAGAGGAAUAUUCCCUGCAGAUCUACACUAGGCCAAGAGGGUCAAAUGGACAGUAUGUGAAUGCAGUCAACUACCUACUCAUCAUGGCCAGAAAGCCUGAAGAACCAAAGGUCAACAUCAGAAAAGUUGAAAAAUAUUAUGAGAUGGAAGCCCGACGGAAUCUCAAAACGGCCAUCGAGAGGUCCAAUAUUGGCGAGUUGGACAUUGCUAUUCAGAGAGUCCAACGCCUGAGGAUGGAAAGCGAGGAUGAUUUGAUUGAGGCCAAGCGAAAGCGGGAGCUGCUCAUUCUGGAGAGAGAUCUAAGACUUGCCAUUGCCCGUCGACGGCCUGACUUCCUGGACCGUGUGCUUGACCGUGCCGCGCGGUUGACAGAGGACCACCACCUGGACUACCUUGUGAAGGAGGCAUGCGACAUUAGGGAGCAGCUCCGACGCCUCAUCACCUUCCUGCACGACGUGUUGGAGAUCCACCAGCCAACCAUCUCCGAGAUGCACAACUACAAGAGACCCAAGGAGGUGAUACACAACAUCAUGCUGGCCACAUAUCUCUUGCUCGGGGAAGAUGAGGAAGACUUGAUGAGAUGGGACUACAUACAACAUCUGAUGAGGAAGGUUGGACGGAACAGUCUUAUCAGUCGUCUCCGUAAGUUUGAUGUUGUCAGCGUCCAGCUGGACAUUUUGGACAGAGUGCAGUCUAUUAUAGACAUGUAUGACGAGGACGCUGUGAGGCAGGCCAGCUCUGGGGCAGGGACCUUCUACGUGUGGUGCCAAAAUAUCGUGGUUGAGCUGACUGUAUCCAUACACAACGAGAUACAGAAAUACCGAGCAAGACGCGGAUGAAUUCGCUCCAGGGUGUUUAAGGCUUCAACAGGUGUGAUUAUUAAAUGGACAAAACAGGAUCCGAGUCAAGCGUAACCAGUCGUCAAACUACCACUUUGUCUGUGUUUGACGUCGUGAUGAAGUCAGUUUUGUGAAUUGGUCAAUAUCUUGGGGAAUCCAGAUUAUUAUUUUGUUAUGUUCAUGUAGUCACAUGUUCUUGAUCAAAACACAUGGCCGAGAAAUACUACACAAGAAUCUUUGUAAAUUAAAACGACAAAACCCUGAUUCGAUUGUACGAUUCCGAGUAUAUUAUGAGCAUGUGUAUAUGAAUCAUUAUCAAAUUGUGAUGACACCAUAUGUUCGCGAAACGGUUAGCGUAUCCUGCCCCACCGCUGGCAUCCGUCACAAAUACAUGCAAAGGCAUGUCAAUUGCUCACCUGAAAAAUAACUUAUGGUACAAAUCAAAAUAGGGUUAUGUAUUCCAGUGUAUUUACACUAUUCGGUCGUAUUUCUAAGAAUACCUUGACAGUGGUUUCAAUACAUAUACUGUGUGCCUUCAUGUUGAGAUGGGUGAUAAUGAAAACUGUGGGAUAUACCCAGAAAAUAUUAUGUGUGUGCUUGCAAAUCUCAUACUUAAAAAUGUUUACACGUAAAGCAGGAAUAGAUAUAAUACGAAAUUCCACAUUUUAUCACUCUAUAUCCAUUGUAGGUGUAAUUGAAAGUCCAGUAUAAUUACUGAAAGCACCAAAUACAUUUAUAUAACCUGAUCAACUGCCCUACCUUUAUGUGGAAAUACCUUUGCCAAAAUGACACUGUUUGAACCCUGUGUGAUAUAAGUGUGGAUUAAUAGACAACAGUAGUAUGAGAACGAGACUGGGAUGGCCAAAUGAUAAAUGUUCGCCCCGAUUAUGUUUCUACGUUUGUCAGCUCCAUACCCGUGCUCUCGUUAGUUUCACCAAAGUGGUAAAUCUCUGGGACAUGCAUCUCUUUGGGCUUUCCUCCAAUAUUAAGCUGACACGCCGUGAUAUAGCUGGAAUGCUGUUAAAAGCGACAUUAUCCCCAGCUCUCUCACUCACGAGAAAUUAUUUUAAACGUCUUCAAGUAUUUAUUAUGUCCUAUCUCCAAAUAAAAUGUUUGAGAAAGAUUCUAAUAUCAAGACUGUACAAAGUUCAUUAAAAGGGAUUGGUCGUGUAUGUAGACCUUUGAUUUUAAAAUCGUCUCUUCUGUCUGUGAGACAUAGAGCAAUAUCUUGUUUCGAUUGGAAUUUCCGUUAUUGUCUGCAUGUAUCUUCAUUUAGCGUACAUUGUUUUCACGGCUUAAGUUCAAAUUCUAAACGUUUCAUGUUAUGUUAAAUUCAGUAACGUUGCUAUAAACGGUAUAUUGAACCCUUCCUGACCUAUUGAUAUCUUAGAUUAAGAGCCUCACUUAAUCAGUCUACCGGUAAGCAUGCCAUGAAGGGUAGCCAUAGCUAAAGCCAGCUAUUAUUCUUCAUAAUUUGACGUUAAGUCUCCUCAUACAUAAUCAUUCAGCAGAACAAAAUGAUACGUUUAUACUGGUAUGAGUUGAUCCAGAUUCCUGUGCAAGAAUGCCAACUUAAUAUGGAGAAGUAACUAGCUGACGUUAUCUCCACGCAUCCUCUGUCUUGAUCAUAUCACAUAUUUAUUGAGUGUUAUUUUCAGUUGUAUACAAAGACAAUGUGACAUGUUUCUCAAAAUGAGAAUUGUUGUGUUUGAUUUUUAAUAAAUGCAUCCU